UAAAAACGACUACAAGUCCCGUAGCGAGCGCGGGAAGACUCGUGUCACCGCCUGACUCUACAAUAGCAGGAUAGAGGUGACCCUCCCGUCCAGUCCGCCUGACAGCAGCGAGCCACCGUACACCCAGAGCAUCUCCUCCCGGUACCAGAAAAUGGCUGAACCAAUCCGUGUUGUGGUGACCGGCGCGGCUGGCCAGAUCGCCUACUCCCUGCUGUACAGCAUCGCCAAGGGAGAUGUGUUCGGAAAGGACCAGCCGAUCAUCUUGGUCCUGUUGGACAUCCCGCCCAUGCUGCCCGUUCUGGACGGAGUCGUCAUGGAGCUGCAGGACUGCGCCCUGCCGCUGCUGAGGGAGGUGAUCCCCACAGACAAGGUGGAGGUCGGCUUCAAGGACAUCGACGCUGCCAUCCUGGUGGGCUCCAUGCCGAGGAAGGAGGGCAUGGAGAGGAAGGACCUGCUGAAGGCUAACGUGGCCAUCUUCAAGACCCAGGGGGCCGCUCUGGACAAGUACGCCAAGAAGACCGUGAAGGUUCUGGUGGUUGGAAACCCGGCCAACACCAACUGUCUGAUCGCCUCCAAGUCUGCUCCUUCCAUCCCCAAAGAGAACUUCUCCAACAAGACCUGGAAAAUGGUCGACGGACUCCCCAUCAACGACUUCUCCCGCGCCAAGAUGGACGCCACGGCGGCCGAGCUGGUGGAGGAGCGAGACACCGCUCUGGACUUCCUGUCCCAGUGACUGUCGCGCCCUGACGACCAACAGCAGCACUUAGAUCCCCAGAAGGCUUGCUGCUCGCGGCUCUGAAGAAGAAAACAACGCUCCACUCAUAUGAAACCGUCCCAGCUGCCGUCUGUGUGUGUGUGUGUGUGUGUGUCAGUCAGUGAGUGUGUGUGUGUGUGUCAGUGAGUGUGUGUGUGUGAGUGUGUGUCACUAGGCCACUUCUUCAGGUUUUUUAACUUAAAACCUGUUCAAUGACCACAACCUGGCCUCCGUCUGCAAGACACCGAGAGAAUGUCUCUGUUGGUAGAUGAUAACACGCUAGCUGUCCAGAAACUGUAACGGAACAAGUUAUCACCAAUAAAACAAAGAAACUGACCGACA